AAAGCAAGUCAGGAAGCUGAUAACAUUCUAAUUGUUCAAGAUAAAAGACUAACAAAUAUUCAUGGAAAAAAAUAUUUACAAGUAGCCAAGAAUCGUUAUAGUGGUGAUCUUGGAAUUAUGAUUCUUGAUUUUGAUAAAAAUAGUCUUAGUUAUGCUCCAAAAAAGAAGUCGAAAUCUAAUUGUAGUGAAGCAGUUGUUUGUGAAUAUUUAUCUUGAACUUUUAACAGAAUAUUAUGGGAUACGUAGUGAUAAUAAUAUAGAUAACACUAUUAAAAUAUUAAAUACAUGGUUGAAAGAGCAAGGAAGUAAUUACUUCUCAGUUAAUGUAACAAUGGAUCCAAAAACACAAGGUCAUGAGGAUGAGAAGGGUAUUGCUGAUUGGACUCCAUCUCGGUUUGAACAUAUAAUUAAAUUGAGGGAAGAAGUACUUAACUAUGCAAGAAAAAUAUGGGCUGAUUUUAUAUUUAUGCUAGAUGCUGACAUUUUUUUGACAAAUCCCAAUACACUUAAUUUACUAAUUUCUAAAAAUGUCACAGUUGUUGCACCUAUACUAAAAUCUGAUGGAAUGUAUAGUAAUUUUUGGGCAGGAAUGUCAGAAAAUUAUUAUUAUAAAAGGACAGAAGAAUAUGAAUCUAUUUUGACUAAAACAAAAAUUGGUUGUUUUAAUGUACCGAUGAUACAUAGUGCAAUAUUGAUUGAUUUGCGAAGAAAAGAUACAGACUUUUUAACCUAUGAUUCUCAAUAUUUUAAUUUGUAUAAUGGACCAAGAGAUGAUAUAAUAACAUUUGCACUUAGUGCUAAUUAUUCAGGUAUUCCAUUACAUAUAUGUAAUGAUGAAAAUUAUGGUUUUAUUAUGGUGCCUUUGGAAAAUCAAGAUAUAAUUGAGCAAGACUAUCAACAAAUUACUAAUUUAAAACUUGAAAUGUUGGCUGCUGCUGAUCAAGAAUUUAUACAAAUAUCUGAAACCAUGAAGAGUUUUGUUGUUUAUCCUAAAAAGAAUACUUUGGGUCUUAGUAAUAUAUAUAUGAUUAAUUUAUUUAGAAGACCUGAACGUAGACGGAGAAUGUUAGCUUGUUUUGAUGAACUAGGUAUUAAAGCAGAAGUUAUUAAUGCUAUUGAUGGCAGAACAUUAAAUGAAAGUAUAUUAAAUUCAUGGAAUAUAAAAAUAAUGCCUGGCUAUAAAGAUCCAUAUCAUAAAAGAUAUUGUAAAUAUAGACCAAUGACAAUGGGAGAAGUAGGAUGUUUUUUAAGUCAUUAUAUUGUUUGGAACAAGAUUCUUGAAGAUAAUCAUAUGUAUACUUUAGUUAUGGAAGAUGAUGUUAAAUUUGAACCAUAUUUUAGACAAAAAUUAACAUUCAUUUUACAAGAGUUACAACAUUUUAAAUCUGAUUGGGAUCUUGUAUAUCUUGGAAGAAAGCAAAUGCAAAAGGAUCCAGAAAAUGUGGUCAACGGAUCUCAAUAUUUAGUUUAUGCUGGUUACAGUUAUUGGACUAUUGGUUAUAUGUUGUCAGCUAAUGGUGCAAGGAAGUUAAUUGAUGCUAAGCCACUAGAAAAUUUAAUUCCUGUUGAUGAAUUUAUACCCAUAAUGUAUAAUAAUCAUCCACGACUGGAAAGAAUAUUUUGAAAAUAGAAAGUUAAUUGCUUUGUCAGCAGAACCACUGAUUUUAUUUCCCACCCAUUAUACUGGUGAAAAUGGAUAUAUAAG